CGAGCGGCCGCCCCGCGCGCCCGCAGCGCGGGAGGAUGGGCUGCGGCGGGAGCCGGGCGGAUGCCAUCGAGCCCCGCUACUACGAGAGCUGGACCCGGGAGACGGAGUCCACCUGGCUCACCUACACCGACUCGGAUGCGCCGCCCAGCAACGCCGCCCCGGACAGCAGCCCCGAGGCGGGCGGCCUGCACGCGGGUGUGCUGGAAGAUGGAUUGUCCUCCAGUGGUGUGUCCCGAUCUGCAGCCCCAGGUGGAAUGCCUAACGCAGAGAAGAAGAUGAGCUGUGGGACCCAGUGCCCGAAUCCUCAGAGCCUCAGCUCAGGCCCCCUGACCCAGAAACAGAAUGGCCUCCGGACCACCGAGGCUAAAAGAGAUGCUAAGCGAACGUCUGCAAAGGAAGUCACCAUUAAUGUCCCAGACAGCAUCCGACAGGUGGACCGAAGUCGAAGAAUCACAAAGAACUGUGUCAACUAGCAGAGUGCAAUUGAAGGGCAGAUGGGCUUCGCUGGUGCCCUUCACAUCCUGGAUCCAUCGAGGAACCUUGAAGAAGUGGGUGACCGUGGUCGCACUGGCCACUGCUGAGUGCCUUGGGAGACUCUCACCCGGCAGCCACCCGCUGCCAGAGCUGUUGGGAUGUUCUCAGCCUCCUAUCAUGUAAAUGUAUAGGGUAAUAAACUGCAGAUGUGCGUUCGUUAGGUUUGCCUCUUGCAACUCCUGCAGUGUGGUCUGAUGGAAAGGUGGUGAGCUAAAGCCACAGGCCAGUUUAGGAAACAGGGAGGCAGAAGCGGUGGUUCCUGGCUGAAGGAGAGUCGGUUCUGAGCUCUCCCAGCUGCAGUGGUGUGCCCUGUCAGGAAGCUUAUCCUUUCAUUCUUCCUUUCAAAUACCGCCAUCAAAGCUUACCAUGUUCACUUAAAAGCUGGCUCUCACCCAACUCUAAGCCCAUACAAAUGUUUCCUGUGUGAGAAGUCAAGAAACAGGAAAACUCUGUUAUUCUUGUUUCCUUAGCUCAGUCUGAGACAGAUUCAGAUCCAAUUUUACACAGACUAACCCCACCAACACCCAGAGCAUGUCCCAGGGAGGCCUCUGUGAUGCAGUCACACCAUUUCUCAUCUCCCUUCAAUGUCCCCCAUGCAGGCACCCUCGUCAGCCUCUGAACCGUAAUAUCACAGUCAUGUUCAGUGCGUCCCAUCUCCAGGCUCAGCAGACAUUGCAUUUUUCCAGCUUUCCACUUCCCUCUGCUUGUGUUCAUGAGCGGUUUUUCUCUCCAGUCAGGUCAUUUGCAAUUGUUAGUCAGAAGCCAGACACUGCUCACAAGAGGGAGGAAAUCCGAACACGUCAGCUUCCCUUGGCCUCUCAGCACACGGCCCCAGGACUGUGUCAUUUUGGUAUCUAAAAGGAAUCAUUUUAGAAAGUCAGUACCUGGUCGGUGUGUGGUCACACUGACUUUAGAUCGACAUGCUCUGUGUUAGAAAUCAGGUAGCUGAUACAACACUGUAAAAUGAUUAUAAAUCAAUAAAAAAUGUUUUUUUAAAAAAAGAAAUCAGGUAGCUGAGGCAGAAAAAAAUUUUUUUUGAUAGAAAUAAAAUUUUCUAGCAUUUCUUUAAACAUGUUAAGUUGGAAGUAUUUUCCUCCAAAGUAAUGUAGCAUGAUUUUUAAAGGACUGUUAAUAUGCCUGGGACUGGGAAAGGUAGGACUAAAGUUGUACCAAAUGACACCAAUAAACUUCAUGUUUAACAGAAAUAGGCAGCCUGAUGGUGUGUGUUUAUCUAACAUGGUCCAGAGAAUUGACACCAGCGGGUUAAAGAUUCAGAUACUCAGCCUCCUUACCUGCCAACUCUGUUAUUUCUCAGACACAAGUGGGCAAUGUCCUUCCUUCCUUCCUUCCUUCCUUCCUUCCUUCCUUCCUUCUUUCCUUCCUUCCUUCCUUCCUUCCUUCCGUUGAUUGUAUAUUUAUUCAUUAAACAUUAAAUGCCAACCCUGUGUCAGGUACCAUGCGGAUGCUGAGAGGUUUGGAGUCUGGCCAGUCAUGACUGUAUAUCCUGACUCUGACAGUGAACUUCAUAACCAGGAGAGUGGCUUAGAUGCAGUGAGAAUCGGUCUGCAAUGUAAUCUCACUUUUAUAUUCAGGAUAGAUUUCUUCCCCAAACUCCAGAUCUGGGCAUUCUCCUAAUCACUGUACAAGCCUUUACCAACCACAAAACUACAGUUUUCUCAAACCUUUAUCAUUUUGUGAUUCUCUGAGAAAGGGCUUUUCGGGAAUUUCAUGUUCCAAAACUUAAAUAAAAUAAAAUAAAGCAAAGCCUGUGGCUCCCAUGUCCCCUCUGGCAUUACUCAGCAGGAGCCACCAACUGCCAAAGGCUGGCAUUGAUCCUGCAGGUUCAAGGGCUCGCUGUCCCAGGGCACGUGCACUGUGCUUUUGUGCUAGUGCUCCUUCACCAGUCACUGUGCUGCCAGCCACGGGCUAAGCCUCAUUUCUCUUUACAACCUUGUGUUUGCGUCACUUAACCGCUGCACGUUGUUUGGAAUUUAUCAACUUGAGAGUGUGUCUCUGCUUUAUAUAGAAACAGUUUCUCACUUCUGGAGGAGAAGGGAAUGCAGGGCAUGUAUGAUCUUCCCCUCUCCAGAACAAUCUGGAUUUCACCAAGACCGGAAGUCAAACCGUGUUACUGGAAAUUCACCUGGCAACUUUUUCAUGUGUGUAUGAUACAGAAACUGAUUCUUACUGUCCUCCUAGCGGAAUGCUUCCUAUUGCAAAGUUUGUGUCAAUAAAGUCAUGAAUUUCAAAC